AUGUCAACAAGGAAAAAUAGACAGUCGGAAACAAUAAAAAAUAACACUAAAAAAAAACAUGUUAAAAAAUCUGUUACAAAGGUUUCCUCUGUUUCCUCUCAUCAAAGUAUUUCCCAAAGAUUAGCAACACUAGGCAGUCCAUUGUCUAGAUAUUACAUUGUUUAUUUACCAGAAAAAAGCCAUCAUAACCCCGUUAAGAAAGCUCUACUGGAUCAAUGGGCAUCAUUAGAACAAGCAUGUGGUGAGGUAGAUAAUGAAAUCCGCAAAGAACAAAAGAAAAACAGUUCUGAGAUAGAAGGAAAACUAAAUAGCGUCGGUGAUGCUUUUGUUAAAGAUGAUAAAAAAAGGAAACUUGAUCAAAGUAAAAUCUUUAAAGUUGAAAAAACUCCCAGUUCUAAUUUUCCGGCUAAUGAAAAAGCCCUGGAAGUAGAAAUUACUACUAAUUUUCAUAUAAGUUCUUUGGGAGUUAACCCCUCUGAGUUAAUUGGUAGCCUACCAGACAACCCCUUAGACAAGUUGAUAUUUUGCUUUGAAGAUAAUGCCGAAUCUACAAUUUACAAUGAUUUGUUGGAUAGCAACAAAAAUAAUUUAGAGUUAAGUUUUAACAAGAAAACAGUUAAUUUUUGGCUGGUAGGAAUGGAUAAUGUUGAUAACACUAAGCCGACAGUGGAAUUAUAUGCUACGCGUCAAAAACCCCACUUACGAAUUUUUUUCAAGCCCCAGAAGCCCCAGUUUAAUAACUUAAUUAAACUUACUGCCACCUCCCAAAAUCCGCCGGGCAAUAAUGAACCAACCGCCCCAUCAACAAAAUUUAGUGGAGUUGAUGAAGCCGGGCGUGGGGCUCUAGCGGGGCCAAUAAUAGUUGCCGCUGUUGUCCUGCCAGCAGAGGCCUUGGAAUAUAAUGUUAUUGCUAAAAGUGCCCGAGAAGUAGAAACUAAAAACCCCCUUGCAGCCACCAAAGAAGCCAUGGCUGAGGCUCUGGUUAACCUAAAAGUUAAACCCGAUUUGUGCUUGGUGGAUGGAAAGGAGAGAGUUGUAGUGGAAGGAUUUAAAACUGUUAGUGUAGUGGGCGGUGACCGGCGAUCUAUUAAUAUUGCUGCUGCUUCGAUUAUUUCUAAAGUAACCCGUGACACUAUUAUGCAAAAACUUCACAAAAAAUAUCCUCGCUACGACUGA